AUGAAGGAUCUCCAAUAUUAUCAGGUUCCGCUGCCAACGCUCAAGGCCACGUCCGGCAACCUACUUGACCCUGAUGCAGAAGAUGACCAUGUCGCCAUGAUACCCGCGAUGGUAGCCCUGGCGCAGAUAAUGUCCGAAGCAUCCCAUCUUCUCUACCACUCGCCCAAGCGAUCCAUGAGCGAAAUGUCGCAAAUUGCAAUGAGUCUCGACCACAAGUUGCUCGCAUGGAAGGCUACACUGCCGCAUUUCUUAAACAUUGAUGCGGCUUCACUCAACGACACCGAAUGGGCCUUUAAACAGAAGCUAGUAUUGAGGUUAAGAUUCUACAACACCCGCAUCCUAAUACACCGUCCAUUCCUCGCCGCAUCAGCAUCCAGCACCGAGUCUUCCAACCUGUUCCAACACCUCCACACCUGCCUCGACGCCGCAAGAACUAGCAUCCAGAUGCAGUACGAAUCCUUCCUACAUAGAAUUUACAUUCGAACAUGGUGGUACAACACAACCUACGCCCUCUACGGCGCCAUGAUCCUCCUACACCUGGUCCUCUCCGGCUUCCCCAGCAUCCGCGACGAAGACCUCCUCGUCGACGUCGAAAAAAGCCUCGACAUUUUCGAAUCUAUGAACAACAUCGUAGUCGCGCGCCGCUGUGCCGAAAUGAUCCGCGAGGUUCUCGAAGUCGCGCGAGCCUGUGUCGCACGGCGUCGGUCCCUCAUUCCAUCAGCAGCAGCGCAUACAUCAACGCUAGCUCCCCCGCCCACACAUUUCGGGAUAGAUGCUGCUACUGCUACUGCUACUGACCCAACAGCGGUGCAAAACCGUGGGGACAAUCUCACCGGGAUGGUCCCGCCCGGCACGGAUAGCGAUUUCUUCUUCUCGCUAUUCAAUCAGGAUUCGCAGCCGGAUACUCGCGCCGAGAUAUUAGCUAAUUUAGUUGACCCUACGAUAUUGGAGGACUUUGCGUUUGGCAGUGGGGGAGGCGAUUUUUCGUUUUUCUUAGGGUCUUGA